ACAAUACUCGUCGAAGUCGAACGGGAGUUUCUCCGCUCUCUCUGUAUCGCCUGCAACCCUGACUUCGCUUCAGUUGUUUACUUGACAUCUUUAUCAGCAGAAUUGGUGAUUUUCAUCGGAAGGGUAAUCUGACAUUUGUUGCCAAAUGCUUCAUUGUAUGUGUGAUGAAAGGUUAUCUGGGGAGAAGAGCAGUGGCUGAGGUAGAUACGGGCCUGAUCAUUGUAGCCAAUGGGAAGAGACUAGUUGCUUCCAAUGUAUCCUAAACGAUCUGUUGAAGGGGAUGGCCCUGAUUCAAGGCCAGUGCGAACAAGUGAUAGGCUCAGGAGCAGGCCAAAGUUUUAUAAUCGCCCAUACUUAUAUUAUACACCUGGUACCAUUAUGAGGUCUAAGAGGAAGAAGACCAAAACAAGGACUGCUGCUGCACAAAUAGCUAAGAUGUUUCGGCAAAAGAGAUCAUCAAAAGCUAAUUCGGUUCCCACAUCCAAUCUUAGGCGCUCCACCAGGACGAGAAGGGUUCCCAUUAAUCUUGAAGAAUACACAGAUAGCUCUGGCACAGAGGAUAAUGACUUAAUGCAGAUUCCUAGAUUCCGAAGGUCUAGAGGCAGAAUAAAUAAUAACAGUGCAAGCCAAGAUGAGUUGGCACCUCGUCGUGAAGGAUUGAGACCUCGAAGGGAAGGACUUAGACCUCGACGUUCAAGGGCAGGUCCUAGAGAAAGGUUAAGUGUAGAAUCUGAUGAGGCACAAAGUUCAUCAGAUGAAAAGGGGGGAAAUGAUGAGUCAGAGAAUGCAAAGGACAUGGAGGACAAUGAUGCUAAUGAUGUAGAGGUUGAAGAUGAGGUUGCUGGUGAAGAAGGAGAGGAGGAUGGUGAUGAUGUUGAGGAUGAUGGUGAUGAUGAAGAAGGUGAAGAACAAGAUGGUAGGAGGAGGUAUGACCUCCGAAAUCGUGCAGAUGUCCGGAGGCUCUCUCUUGAGCAGAGUAAGCAAAUGCCUAGAUCUCCUAGAAGAGUACUUCAUCAAGGAAUGGGAACCAAAGUUGGCAGGGAUGGGAGGAGGGGUGGAUCGCGGGUUCACAAACGGCGUAUGACCAGAACAGAAGACUCUGAUGAUUCACUUCUUGUCGAUGAACUUGAUCAGGGCCCUCCAAUGCCUUGGGGAAGAGGCAGCAGCAGAUCUGGGCCACCUUGGCUUCUUGGUGGCCUGGACAUGCAAGGGACAACAGCAUGGGGUUUACAUGCAGCUGCAUCAGGUUGGUCUCAUCAGAAUGAUGUACUUUCUCAUUUGACAUCUGGCAUUCAAACUGCUGGUCCAAGCUCCAAAGGAGGAGCUGAUAUUCAGCCUGUUCAAAUUGAUGAAACUGUAAGUUUUGACGAUAUAGGCGGCCUAUCUGAAUAUAUUGACGCUUUGAAGGAAAUGGUGUUUUUCCCUCUGUUAUAUCCAGAAUUUUUUGCAAGCUAUAACAUUACCCCACCAAGAGGUGUCUUAUUAUGCGGUCCCCCAGGCACAGGGAAAACGUUAAUUGCAAGAGCCUUGGCAUGUGCUGCAUCCAAGGCUGGUGAGAAAGUCAGCUUUUACAUGCGCAAGGGUGCUGAUGUGCUGAGCAAAUGGGUCGGGGAAGCUGAAAGACAAUUGAAACUAUUGUUUGAAGAAGCUCAAAAAAAUCAGCCUUCCAUCAUUUUCUUCGAUGAAAUAGACGGUCUUGCCCCUGUUAGGUCUAGCAAACAAGAACAAAUACAUAAUUCAAUUGUCUCAACUUUGCUGGCCUUAAUGGAUGGCCUUGAUUCACGUGGACAAGUAGUAUUAAUCGGUGCCACCAACAGAGUUGAUGCCAUUGAUGGAGCUUUGAGGCGCCCCGGAAGAUUUGAUCGUGAGUUCACUUUUCCCUUGCCUGGCUGUGAGGCACGAGCUGAAAUUCUAGAUAUACAUACUCGCAAGUGGAAACAACCUCCUUCGAAAGAGCUCAAAUUGGAACUGGCAGCAACCUGUGUGGGAUAUUGCGGUGCUGAUUUGAAGGCUUUAUGUACGGAAGCUGCAAUUCGUGCUUUUCGUGAAAAAUAUCCUCAAGUUUACACGAGUGAUGACAAAUUUAUUAUAGAUGUCGAUUCUGUAAAAGUGGAAAAAUAUCACUUUGUAGGGGCUAUGUCAACCAUCACACCAGCAGCUCACAGAGGCACCAUUGUCAAUUCUAGGCCGUUAUCACCUAUUGUUUCUCCAUGUCUGCAGAGACAGCUACAGAGUGCAAUGGAUAUUAUAUCUCACAUCUUCCCUGCUCUAUCAGUUUUAUCAGAGUCCACCAAGCUUUCGCUUCUCUCAUAUGGAUCUGUUAUUUCUCUUGUUUAUCGCCCAAGGUUAUUGCUGCAAGGUGGUGAUGAUGUUGGUCUGGACCACAUAGGACCUGCAGUUUUACAUGAGCUGGAGAGAUUUCCUGUACACUCCCUUGCAUUACCAUCAUUACUUUCUGAUCCUGGAGCUAAAACACCGGAGGAGGCUUUAGUGCAUGUCUUUGGUGAAGCCAGGAGAACUACCCCUUCAAUACUUUAUUUGCCUCAAUUCCACCUUUGGUGGGAAAAUGCUCAUGAUCAACUUAGGGCUGUAUUGCGAACUCUGCUGGAAGAAUUACCAUCUGACAUGCCCAUAUUACUAUUGGGAACAUCCGCUGUCCAACUUGAGGAGAUAUGUGAUAAUCCAUCAUCAAUAUUCUCAGAGCGCAAUGUUUUUAAGUUGAGCUUCCCAUCAACUGAAGAUAGAAGUCUGUUUUUUGAUUAUCUGAUAGAAUCAGCCUUAUCAGUACAAUCUGAUAAUCUUGUGAAGAGUUCUUCUAGAUCUGAGGGCGUCGGUGUUCCAGAACUUCCAAAAGCACCAAAAGUGGCCACAGCACCAAAGGCCUCUGAGCUGAGGGCCAAAGCUGAUGGUCAGGGCCAUGCUCUUCGCAAGCUGCGCAUGUGCCUUCGAGAUGUUUGCAAUAGAAUUUUCUAUGACAAACGUUUUAGUGCCUUUCACUAUCCUGUAACGGAUGAAGAUGCACCAAAUUAUCACACAAUAAUUCAGAACCCUAUGGACAUGGCCACAUUGCUGCAGCGAGUUGAUAGUGGAAAGUAUAUCACAUGCAAAUCAUUCUUGGAGGAUUUUGACCUAAUUUUAACAAAUGCCAAGAAAUACAAUGGGGAUGACUACAAUGGAGCCAGGAUUGUUAGUAGAGCUUAUGAACUUAGAGAUUCUGUUCAUGGUAUGCUGUCCCAGAUCGACCCCUCUUUGAUUGCAUUUUGUGACAAGAUUGCAGAGGAAGGAGGCCCAGUGUCUUUACCUAUGGAUAUGAGCGAUUCUACGCUACCUCAAACUCCAGUUGUCCAAAUGAUGACUCGGGCUAGUGCUCGUCUACGAAAUGUCCAACCUGAAGUUAAUCGAGACCAAACCUAUGAAGCAAACAAGAGGCCUAAGAAACCUGCUGAUGCGUCUCAAGCAGAAGGAGCGGAGUCAGAUUCAUUUCCAGGAAAGCCGUUGGAUGAUGAUGCUGAAACAAAUGGCACAGAUGGGCAAGAACCUGAAAUUUUAGUUCCUUCAAGUGCAAACACUACAUCUGGGGGGAAAUCAACGAGCCCAUCACAAGAUGUUACCAUGUCGGAUGCAGAUAUCUCUGAUCAAGUCAAUUCUCUCAAGCAACAGCUUCUUAAGCAUACAAAAGAUUAUGGAAUCCCGCAGCUUGAGAGACUCUAUAUGCGCAUUCUUAAAGGCGUGUUUGAGACCAGGAAUAGGGCAAACAAUGAAGAUAUUAAAGCUUCAAUUAUGGGCUUUUUGUUUGAAUAUGCUUGUAAUCCAUCCUGGUUCUAAUGGUUGAUGUCACAAUAUUGAAAUUUGACACAAGUUAUCUAAAGUUUUAUCAAUCAUGAUUGUUUUUAUUCUUCUCUAA